AUAAUAUUUCACUACUGGGCGAGAGACUGGAUGAGAACAGGCGGUACGGAAGAUAAGAUUGUGAAUAGAUAGAAUUGUGAAUGUUUAGGUAACGAACAGAAAGAACAUGUCGUAGAAUUAAUUAACAGGAGAGUUUAACUUCAGCAGAACCAGUUUUUAGAGGUUGAAUCUAGAGAAAACAUUCAAGAUGUCUACUCCAACAACGCCUGAUCAGCAAACGCCAAAAAAACUUUCUCAGGAUGAAAUUAUAUCAGACACAAAGGAAGUUAUACAAGGAUUAGACCAGCUAAAAAAUGAACAUAAUAGUAUACUUAACGGUCUCUACCAGUCCUUACGGGCUGUUAAGAAAGACAAUGGAGAAACACAUUUAAUGAUGGAAGAAAAGACAUCAAUUAUUGAGAAAUCAUUAGAGCAAUUAGAACUUGGACUAGGAGAAGCAAAGGUAAUGAUGGCAUUAGGACAUCAUUUAAGUCAAGUUGAAGCAGAGAAACAAAAACUCCGAGCCCAAGUACGUCGACUAGUCCAGGAAAACUCAUGGCUGCGGGACGAACUGGCUUCCACUCAACAGAAACUCCAAGUUAGCGAGCAAUCCGCUGCAGAACUCGAUGAGAAACAUAAACAUUUAGAAUACAUGUAUUCUAUAAAGAAAUACGAUGAAGACCAAUAUCAAGAUCAGGAAGAAAGUUCAUCACCUGAGCAAGUUCAUUUAGAUCUUGGUUUUCCUGAAGAUGAGGAUGACAUUCAACAACCUGAAGAUACUUACCCACAACAGCAGCCAGCCGGUAGUGAUAGCAUCAAUGCAUCAGGAUACGAGAUCCCGGCUCGUCUACGUACGCUACACAAUCUAGUGAUACAGUACGCAUCACAGGGGCGGUACGAGGUGGCUGUACCUCUCUGUAAACAAGCUCUGGAGGAUCUAGAGAAGACAUCUGGUCACGAUCAUCCGGAUGUGGCUACUAUGCUGAAUAUAUUAGCCCUUGUUUAUAGGGAUCAGAAUAAAUACAAAGAGGCUGGCAACUUGUUACAUGAUGCUCUAGCAAUUAGGGAAAAAACUCUAGGCAAUGACCAUCCAGCGGUUGCUGCAACACUCAAUAACCUUGCGGUUCUGUACGGUAAACGAGGCAAGUACAGGGAAGCUGAGCCUCUCUGUAAGAGAGCCCUCGAAAUCAGAGAAAAGGUUCUUGGCAGGGACCAUCCUGAUGUCGCUAAGCAACUCAAUAACCUGGCUUUAUUGUGUCAGAACCAAGGGAAAUAUGAAGAGGUUGAAUGGUACUACCAACGGGCAUUGGAGAUAUACCAAAACAGGCUAGGCCCUGAUGACCCAAAUGUUGCAAAGACGAAGAACAACCUAGCGUCUGCCUAUCUGAAACAAGGCAAAUAUAAGGCAGCUGAAACCUUGUAUAAGCAAGUCCUAACCAGGGCUCACGAGAGAGAAUAUGGAGUAGAUGAUAAGCCUAUAUGGAUGCAGGCUGAAGAACGUGAAGAAAGGGGAAAACAUAAAGACAAUGCCCCCUAUGGAGAAUAUGGUGGCUGGCACAAGGCAGCUAAGGUAGACAGUCCAACUGUGACCACAACUCUGAAAAACCUGGGGGCGCUCUACCGUCGACAAGGUAAAUAUGAAGCAGCAGAGAUUUUGGAAGACUGUGCCGUAAGGUCAAGGAAAAACCACAUGUUACAAGUCCCUAUGGCUCUGGAUGUUGUGAGACAAACCAAAGUUGCCGAACUGCUUGGUACCGAAAUCUCUCAGGAUGUCCCGAAAGAAGUUGCCCAGAGAGAAUUAAAGCGAGAUCAUCGGAGCGGGAGCCGUACCAGCGUGGCGUCCAGUCGGCGCGAGAGCAUGGGUAGCACAGGUAGCGUUGCUUAUGAAAAGCAUGGUGAGAGUGGUCUAGAAGAAGUGAGUAUUGGCAUGAAAUGGAAGCAGAAUGGUGACGGUAAAUUGAAGCGUAGCGGUUCCUUUUCAAAGCUCAGAGCGUCAAUACGUAGAAGCAGUGCUCGGCUCGUCAACAAAUUGAAAGGCCGAGAAUUCGAAGACGAAGCAGGGUCUGAUAUAUUUGGGGAAAUCGUGGACAUGGUCAAGUCGGGAAUGAAAAGAGCUAGUUCCAUGUCUGUGCUGAAUACAAAAAUGAAUGGUGAUGGUACACCUCCACCGCGCCAGCUUAGUCAAAGAGGACGCGUCGGCAGCCACGAUACUCUAACAACUCGCAGCAGAAGAAAUAACGGCGAUUAUAUGUAAACAUUUAAUUUGUAAUGUAUCGUAUCCAUGUAUAAUAGAUAUAUGUCAAACUCCACAUGUGUGCUAUGUGCAAAAAGCACAUGAGUGUGUGCAGAACACGAAAAAAAUAAAGUCGCUUCACAUUUACAUAGAUCCUAUAAAACAGUACAUAAUGAGUGAAUUAAUGUGAUUGGUUGGUUUCAUCUUAGACAUGCUUGUCUUGAUGUACUGCAUUCUGUAUUCUAUAUCCAUGAUAAUAUUUUUCUUGUAUAGGAUGCUUAAUCAUUGGCUUAUUGCUUGUCCAUUAAGUGUAAUGUUUGAAAAGUGAAAAAAAAAAUCUUUAAUGGGAUAAUCUUCCUCUUCAAAAUACUUUUGUUUAUUAAAGAAAAUCAAAUUGUCUAUAUAAAAAAAAAA